UCGCAAUUCAGCGCUCAAUCUACAGUUGACUUUACAUCAGCAUACGUAUGUUACCAGAUUAGUAACAACAGAUCCUAUCAUCGCUCGUUCAGCAGAAAUCUUGACGAAAAUGAAGACAACUCUCGCUUAUUCCUUCUUCUUCUUCUUCCAUCUACUGAUUUUGACCUCCGAAUCGCAGCGAUCUCCGCCGGCAGUAUGCAUACUCGGCAGCGGGAUCGGCGGCUCCUCCGUCGCGCAUUUCCUCCGCACCUAUUCCAAUCCAUCCCAGCCCGAAAUCGGCUCCAUAAGAAUCUUCGAGCGCCACUCCGCCGUCGGCGGCCGCAUGGCCACGGUCACCAUCGCCGGGGAUACCUUCGAGGCCGGCGCCUCCAUUCUUCACCCGAAGAACUACCACGCUCGCAACUUCACUAGCCUCCUGAAUCUCACCGUCAAAACCUCGUCAUCCGAAUCCGAUUCCUCGUUUGGCAUCUGGGACGGCAAUAAAUUCGUCCUCAAAACCCUCUCUUCCAACUCCAAGCUUCCAAUUCUUCAGAAACUCGUGUCUUUCGCCAAUUCGGUUCUCAUUUUUCUUCGCUACGGGUUCUCACUCUUUCGGAUGGAAAAUUUCGUCGAGGGCGCUGUGAAUAGUUUUUUGAAGUACUAUGAAGGGUUCGAAUCUCGACCGGCGUUUGAGGAUGUCGAGGAAAUGCUUAAGUGGUCGGGGCUCUAUAAUUUGACAACACGGACAUUGGAAGAGGAGUUGACUGAUGCUGGCUUAUCUACUACACUUAUUCAAGAGCUUGUCACUGUUAUCACAAGAAUCAAUUAUGGGCAAAGUGUCUCUAUGAAUGCGCUUGCUGGUGCUGUCUCACUGGCAGGAUCUGGGGGAGGUUUAUGGUCGGUUGAAGGGGGAAAUUGGCAGAUGGCAGCUGGAUUGAUCAAUCGUUCGAAUGUUGAAUUGCACCUCGGUGAAGAAAUAGAAUCUGUCUCUUAUUUGGGAGAACGUUACGAACUCAAUACAACAAAGGGAACGAGUUACUUGUGUGAAGUUGUGGUGGUUGCUACACCCUUGGAUGAAUUGAACAUUCGUUUUGCACCUGAAAUUUCAAUCCCCGAGAGGAAAUUACAGCACACACACACAACUUUCAUUCGGGGUCUCUUAAAUCCUUCUUAUUUCGGUUUGAAGUCAGUGUCAUAUAUUCCUGAGUUGGUGGGCACAAUAGAGACUUCUGAAGUUCCAUUUUCAAGUAUCUCGAUUCUCAAGCAAUACAGCGAGCAAGAUAUGGCCUACAAAGUGUUCUCACGGAGUUAUAUGGAAGAUGAUUUGUUGGAUCUCAUCUUUAGUGUCAGAAACAAAACACUCAAAAUAGACUGGGCUGCAUAUCCGCAUUUUAACGCUCCUGAGGUGUUUGCACCUUUUAUUUUGGAUGAUCAACAUCUGUACUACGUGAACGCCUAUGAGAAUGCGGCCAGCACCAUGGAAACUAGCGCUGUAUCAGCUGAAAAUAUAGCGCGGCUAAUCCUCUCAAGACUCGCUGACCAAGCACACGCGACUUCUGACUUGGAGAGUGCUGGUGAUGACACAUCUAAAAUGCAUUCUGAGCUGUAAGCUGGAAAGGGCUUCACCAUGUAUCUUUUGUGCUAGUGUAAAUUUUGCUAAAGUAGGCUAUGCCUAAAGCUGUAUACUUAAAUGUGUAUGUACAUAUACUAAUAAUCUGAGCCACUUUUGUGUUUCACAGUAAUAAUAUGAUCAGUUUGUUAAUC